UAAACCAGUACGUCUUCCUCACUAUUUUGUUGAUUAAAAGAAAUGUAUUUAGUGUUCUUCCUUUUCCUUUGCUCUUGCCUAUAUAGGAUGAGAAAAAGGAGAUUUAACCUCUCUUCCCACCACAACUUCUAUGACAUAUGUUGAACAUUGGAUCUCUUCCCACCUCAACUUGGUGUAAAGAUACUUUCUCUGUGAAGAAUUGGUACUCUUUGCUCUCACUCAAUCAUGCUUCAGGUGCUCUGCCUUCGUUCUCCACUGAGGAGCUUGAAAACACCAAGGACCCAGCGUUCUUCUUUUGCUUGGAUUUCUAUUCUAGACACCUGCUGCAGAAAAUAUAUCAGUUUCUAGCUGCUGAAUUCUUCGUCAAUGAACUGUUUUUGACACACAGUUAUCAUCUAAAGAGCAUCUGCCACUUAUCCUGUCAUUAGGCAGAGUUCUAUCCUUCUUCGUGUUUGCUUGCUUGUUUUAUAUGUUUUCUUUUCCUUGAUAUGUUUUGCCAUGUGUGAGUUUUGCCAUGUGUGAGCAUUGAUGAUGAUUGACUUUUUUUUUUUUGAAUUCAAGGAAGUUUUACCACAUCAAUAUGACAUGA